AUGGGGCUCCACCGUUACCUCAGCUUGUCCAUUUUUCUCCUCGUCGUCACAGCAUCCAUCGCGAUUCUCGCCGCGCGGCUGAACGGAUCCGAAGUGGUUGGGGCGACGGGCAACUUCAAUGCUACCGGCCGAGCCUGCCUCGCUGUCUUCCAGCUAGACGGCGACUACAACGUCUUCUACAGUGUCGUCGCCUCCGCCUCCGACGCCGGCGAGCCGCUCGGCGCUUCGAUAUCGCUCGGCGCGGCGGGAGAGGCGGGCGACGCUUCCGCCCUUUUAGUAGAGGCAGGAAAAACCGUCACGUGGACGAAUCUUACCCGUCCGCCUCCUCCCCCUCCCAAGGGCAAGAAGAACAAGGGAACACCGCCCCCCCCGCCUCCUCCGAAGUACACUUAUGCCACAAACGGGACGUGGCUUACAGCGAGUACAAUGGCCACGAUCGGCGGGCAGACUCUAAAGGUGCUGGUGGAUGCGAUGCUCGCGAAUCCGGAUGGAUACUACGCGUCGUUCGCGACGACUGGUUAUGACUCGGGUGCGGCGCGCGGGCAGUUUAAGUCGGACCCGCUUCCGCCGCCGCCUAAGGACAAGAAGGGCGGGAAGGACGGAGGGAAGAAGGGCGGGAAGGAUGGAGGGAAGAAUGGCGGCGGCAAGAAUGGCGGCGAUAAGUUCGGCAAUCUUGUCGGUAAGCCCAUAAUAAAGGGAGACUUCCGCGCCCACUCUUGCCUCGCCUACUCUUGCCUCGCCUACUCUGGCCUCGCCUACUCUGGCCUCGCCUACUCUUGCCUCGCCCACUCUUGCCUCGCCCACUCUUGCCUCGCCCACUCUUGCCUCGCCCACUCUUGCCUCGCCCACUCUUGCCUCGCCCACUCUUGCCUCGCCCACUCUUGCCUCGCCCACUCUUGCCUCGCCCACUCUUGCCUCGCCCACUCUUGCCUCCCCCACUCUUGCCUACCUCUUGCCACCAUCUAUGCAUGCUUAGGAAUCAAACACCCACCGUGCCCCCUCCGCUGUCCCAUCAUUCCCAUCCGUCCCCCCAACCUUCGUUCAGUACACUUCUCCCCUCAGUUCACCUCUCUGCCCCUCUCUGCCCCUCUCUGCCCCUCCUUGCCUCCUUACUACAACAUUCACUACCACGUCCGCGUGAGCCUAAAAAACCUCUUGCCCCUCCUUGCCCCUCCCUGCCCCGCCUUGCCCCUCCCUGCCCCUCCCUGCCCCUCCUUGCCUUUGCUUACCACGUACCCCCGCAGCAACGUCACAGCUACCAACUACGACUUUGCUUACCACCCGCCAAACACCCGCCCAUCCCUGCCCCUCUUUGCCACCCACCCUUCCCCCCCCCGCAGCAACGCCACGACCAACGACUACGACAUUUAUUACCACGUCCGCGUGAGUCUGAACGACUCUGGCGAGCCCACUGGUGUCGUCAUCAAGACCGGCGCUGACGUGGCACUCACCGUGCUCACCAGUGACGCCACGUGGACCAAUCGCACGCUCUCAAACGCCGAGCGCGCCAAGCUGGGCGGCAAACUGACUCCCAAGGGCAGGAAGGGCAAGCAGCCGCCUCCCCCGCUUCCCCCUCCCGUCGGAUACAACUACGAAACCACCGGCACUUGGCUAAGCGCCAGUACUUUGACGGCGGAUAAUGGGCAGACGUACAAGCAGCUGGUGGAUGCCAUGCUGGCUGCGCCCGGCUCUUUCUCUGCUCUCGUCUACACCAAAACGUUCGAGGCUGGAGCAGCGAGUGGUGCUUUCGAGAAUGUCACCUUGGUUGAUGGUGAAGGGUCUGGCAAAUUGGCCAUUAAAUUCAGGUACGGCCAAAGCGCGGACACAUCCAGCACCACCAAACGGGGAUCCCCGUGA